AUGGCGUCGCACCAGAUGACCGCCGACGAUGGCGCUGCCGGUGCUGCUGCGACACAACAGCCCCAGGCGGUCCCCGCUCCGCCAAUCGCCUCGGCCGACCUUGCACCCACUGCCGCAGCCGCAACGGCCCAACACACCUCCAGCGGCUCGUCGCCAGUCCAGGAGACCCGAGACGUCUCGUCCGCCGAGGCCUCGCCCGAGAUGCCCCCGCUACAAAAGACGACGACCGGCAGGAGCGCCAACCGCAUCCCCCUGGCCUCGCUCGACCCAGAGGGCACGGCGGAGCUCACACGCAUGCUCUCCCAGAACUCGGCAAAGGCCCGCUCCCGGCAAGACGUCUCGGGCGCCGUCGAAGAGGGCCACACGGCCAACCCGUUCGACACCGAGGGCAACUUUGACCUCGAGUUUUUCCUCCAGGAGAUGCUCGGCCGCAGCAACGAGCGCGGCCUCGAGAGGCGCGAGAUGGGCCUCGUCUGGAAGAACCUCACCGUCACGGGCACCGGCUCGGGCGUCGCCCUCAACACGUCGGUCGGCAGCCUGCUCCUUUCGCCCUUCCGGGCGCUCAAAAACAUCCAGAGCCUCCUCCAUCCGCCCGUCAAGACGAUCCUCGACGACUUCGAGGGCUGCGUCAAGCCCGGCGAGAUGCUCCUCGUCCUCGGCCGACCGGGCGCCGGCUGCACCAGCUUCCUCAAGACGAUCGCCUCGUACCGCGACGGCUUCCGCUCCAUCGACGGCACGCUCCUCUACGAGGGCAUGGACCACUCGGUCAUCGACAAGAAGCUCCGCGGAGACGUCGUCUACUGCCCCGAGGACGACGUCCACUUCCCCACCCUGACCGUCAACCAGACUCUCACCUUUGCCGCCGCGACCCGCGCCCCCCAGGCCAAGCGCCGCCUUGGCCUCUACGACCGCGAGGGCGAGAACGCGUCGCGCAGCACCUACAUCAAGACGACCGUCGAGGUUCUCGCCACCAUCCUGGGCCUCCGCCACACCUACAACACAAAGGUGGGCAACGACCUCAUCCGCGGCGUCUCGGGAGGCGAGAGGAAGCGUGUCAGCGUCGCCGAGACGCUCGCCGCCCGCGCCAAGGUGGUGCUGUUCGACAACUCGAGCCGCGGCCUCGACUCGAGCACCGCCCUCGAGUUUGUCAAGUCGCUCCGGAUCGGCACCGACCUGGUCAACAUGACGACGGUGGCGUCCAUCUACCAGGCCGGAGAGGGCCUCACGCAGCUGUUUGACAAGGUGCUCGUCAUCAACGAGGGCAAGCAGGUCUACUUUGGCCCCACGUCCGAGGCGCCCGAGUACUUCCGCGAGAUGGGCUACCAGCCGCACAACCGCCAGACGACGGCCGACUUCCUCGUCGCGUGCACCGACGCCCACGGCCGCGAGACGCGCGAGGGCUACGAGGGCAGGGCGCCGCGCACCGCCGACGAGAUGGCCCGGUACUGGCGAGAGUCAAGGCAGGGCCAGGCCAACCGGCGCGAGGUCGAAGAGUACCUCGAGCAGCGAAAGGCCAGCAAGGACGACGAGGCCGUCCGGCGCUACAAGGAGGUCGCCCGCGAGGACAAGGCCCAGCACACGCGCACCGGCAGCGCCUACCUCAUCAGCCUGCCCAUGCAGGUCCGCCUCGCCAUCAAGCGCCGCGCCCAGAUUGUCUGGGGCGACCUCGCCACCCAGAUCAUCAUGUCGCUCGCCGCCAUCUUCCAGGCCCUCAUCACCGGAUCCGUCUUCUUCCAGAUCGCCAACAACACGUCGGGCUUCUUCAGCCGAGGCGGUGUCAUCUUCUUCGCAUUGCUCUACAACUCGUUCACGGCCAUGAGCGAGAUCACGGCCGGCUACGCCCAGCGACCCAUCGUCAUCCGCCACCGGCGCUUCGCCAUGAUCCACCCAGCCGCCGACGCCAUCGCCAACACGUUGCUCGACUUCCCCAUCCGCAUCGUGACGCUGACGCUGUUCGACGUCAUCAUCUACUUUAUGACGGGCCUGGCCGUCUCGGCGGACCAGUUCUUCAUCUUCUGGGCCUUCACGGCGCUCAUCACGUUUACCAUGGUCGCCUUCUUCCGCAUGCUCGCCGCCGUGUGCCGCUCCGAGAGCACGGCGACCAUGAUCGGAGGUCUGGCCGUCAUCGACAUGGCGCUCUACGCCGGCUACGUGAUCCCGCGCCCCUCGAUGGUCGUCUGGUGGAAGUGGCUCUCGUACAGCAACCCGGUCGCGUUCGGCUUCGAGGCGCUGCUGGCCAACGAGUUCCGCCGGCUCAACGUGCCCUGCGCCACCUUCCUGCCCGCCGGCCCAGCGUACGCCAACGUGCCCGCCGCCAACCGCGUCUGCCCCGUCGCAUCGGCCGCGCCCGGACAGGAGAUCAUCAACGGUUCCGCCUACCUUGAGGCGUCGUACGGCUACCGCUGGGCCAACGCCGGGCGUAAUGCGGCCAUCAUCGCCGGCUUCUGGGUCUUUUUCCUCAUCGUCUACGUCGCCGCGACCGAGAUGCAAAAGGACCCGAGCGCGUCGGGCGGAGUCAUGGUCUUCAAGCGCGGCCGCGCUCCCAAGGGCGUCGUCGAGGCGGCCAAGGUCAGCGGCGACCUCGAAGAGGCGGAAAAGGAGGGCAAGGUCGACACCCGGCCGGCCGCUGCCGCCGACGAUGCCGACGAAGGGCUGGACGAGGAGCAGCAGAGGGAGGCCGCGGGCAAGCUCGACUCGUCCGACUCGGUCUUCAGCUGGCGCGACGUCAACUACGACGUGCUCAUCAAGGGCAGCCCGCGCCGCCUGCUCAACAACGUCUCGGGCUACGUCGCGCCGGGCAAGAUGACGGCGCUCAUGGGCGAGUCGGGCGCCGGCAAGACGACGCUGCUCAAUGUCCUGGCGCAGCGCACCGACACGGGCGUCGUCCAGGGCCUCUUCCAGGUCGACGGCAAGCCGCUGCCCAGGUCGUUCCAGGCGGCGACGGGCUACUGCCAGCAGCAGGACGUCCACCUCGAGUCGCAGACGGUGCGCGAGGCGCUCCAGUUCUCCGCCCUCCUCCGCCAGCCGCGCGAGGUGCCCGAGCAGGAGAAGCUCGACUACGUCGAAAACGUCAUCCGCCUCCUCGAGAUGGAGUCGUGGGCCGAGGCCAUGGUCGGCAACGUCGGCGAAGGGCUCAACGUCGAGCAGCGCAAGCGCCUCACGAUCGGCGUCGAGCUCGCCGCCAAGCCCAAGCUGCUGCUCUUCCUCGACGAGCCCACGUCGGGCCUCGACGCCAUGGCGGCGUGGUCGAUUGUGCGCUUCCUGCGCAAGCUGGCCGACGCCGGCCAGGCCAUCCUGUGCACCAUCCACCAGCCCUCGGGCGAGCUCUUCAACCAGUUCGACCGGCUGCUGCUGCUCCAAAAGGGCGGCAAGACGGUCUACUUUGGCGACAUCGGCAAGAACUCGCAGAAGCUGCUCGACUACUUUGGCAAGCGCUCGGGCACCGCCUGCGGCGAGGACGACAACCCGGCCGAGUACAUCCUCGACGUGAUCGGCGCCGGCGCCACGGCGACGACCAAGCACGACUGGCACCAGCUCUUCCUCGAGUCGGAGCUCAAGCAGGAGCUCAACGCCGACCUGGAGCGCGUCGAGUCGUCGACGCGGCGCGAGGGCGCCAAGCUGUCGGACGAGGACGAGGCGGCCGUCAACCGCGAGUUUGCGGCGCCCCUCUCGAUGCAGGCGCGGCUCGUCGUCCGGCGCAACUUUGUCCACUACUGGCGCACGCCCGUCUACGUCGGCAGCAAGCUGGCGCUCAACAUCAUCGGCGGCCUCUUUAUCGGCUCGUCGUUCUGGAACCAGGGCGCGCUCGUGUCGACGGCGUCGCUGCAGAACAAGAUCUUUGCCAUGUUCAUGGCCCUCGUCCUCUCGACAUCGCUCUCGCAGCAGCUGCAGCCCGUCUUUAUCAUGUUCCGCGGCAUCUUUGAGGCGCGCGAGCGCCCGAGCAAGAUGUACAGCUGGGUGGUGGCCGUCUGGGCCGCGCUCCUCGUCGAGAUCCCGUGGAACCUGCUGGGCGGCACCCUCUUCUGGGCGUCGUGGUACUGGAUGGCCGGCUUCCCCUCGGACGGCAAGACGUCGGCCACCAUCUGGGGCUUCUACAUGCUGUUCCAGAUCUACUUCCAGACGUUUGCCGCCGCCAUCGCCGCCAUGGCCGCCAACGCCAUGGUGGCCUCGAUCCUCUUCUCGACCCUCUUCAGCUUCGUCAUCGUCUUCUGCGGCGUCGUCCAGCCGCCCAGCGCGCUGCCCUACUUCUGGCGCGUCUGGAUGUUCAAGCUGUCGCCUUUCACCUACCUCAUCGAGGGCAUGCUCGGCAGCGUUCUCGGCGGCCGGCCGGUGCGGUGCAGCCCGGGCGAGUUCAACACCAUCGUGCCUCCCGCCGGCCAGGACUGCGCCGCCUACCUGGGCCAGUUCACGACGAGCCUCGACGGGCCCAACCUGGGCACGGGCUACUUCGAGCAGGCCGCCGACGGCACCUGCAGCUACUGCAACUACCGCGUCGGCGACGACUACCUCGAGUCGCUCACGUUUUCCGCGUCGCACAUCUACCGCAACAUGGGCAUCAUCUGCGCCUACAUCGCCUUUAACGUGGCGCUCUGCUUUAGCCUCUUCUACCUCUUCCGCAUCUGGAACCCCAAGGGCAAAAAGGCCCAGAAGGCCAGCAGCAAGGCCAAGCCGAUCCAGGAAAAGGCCGAGCAGGCCGUCAACGAGACCAGCAGGCAGGCCCAGGGCGCCCCGCACAGCGAGAAGAUGAACGAACAGCUGCCCACCAGCAACCUCGUCGGCGGCGGCCAGGGCGUCCAGCAGGACGUCAAGCGAUCCUGA